AUUUUUCACAAGCUGGAACAGUCGAUCAGCUGUUGUGUGUCAUAGAAGGCGAGUUGGAGGUGUUUGUACUCGUUACCGUGGUUUAGUGUACCGAAUUGCGAUAGCCACAGUGAAAUGUUUAGUUAAUAACAAAAAUUAAGUUAGCUCGCUUGUGCCUUAACGAAAAACUGAUGCAAAGAUGGGGUCAUCCGUUUUAAUCCAGUUUCGAAAUUGCCGUCUCGUCAGAAACCAUGGUCUGGUCGUUGAUGAUUUGUGGGUUCGAGACGGAAAGAUAAUAAAUCCCGAAAGUGUUUUCUUCGAUGAGCGCCGACAGGCGGACGUCCAGAUAGAUUGCAAGAAUGCAAUAAUCGCUCCCGGCUUCAUCGAUCUGCAGAUAAAUGGUGGCUAUGGAGUGGACUUUUCUUAUGACAUCGACACCGUCGAGUCCGGUAUAAACAAAGUUGCAAAAGAGCUACUGUCGCAUGGUGUAACAUCUUUUUGUCCAACAAUCGUAACAUCACCAUCAAGCACAUACCACAAAGUUUUACCUAAAAUUAAAAAGCGUGCUGGUGAUAGAAAUGGUGCUACUAUUUUAGGAGUUCAUUUGGAAGGUCCAUUCAUUAGUCGAGAGAAAAAGGGCGCACAUCCUAUGGAGUUGAUUCGUGAUUUGGAGAAGGGGAUGGAUAAUAUUGAGGAAAUGUAUGGUAAUCUGGACGAUGUGGCAAUCAUAACACUUGCUCCUGAAAAAGAGCAUUCGUGUCAAGUCAUUCAAUCACUGGUACAACGUGGAAUAACGGUAUCUAUUGGACAUUCCACAGGGAAUUUACUCGAUGGGGAAAAAGCAGUUAAUAAAGGAGCAAGACUGAUCACUCAUUUAUUCAAUGCAAUGCUGCCGUUUCAUCACAGAGACCCUGGUCUUGUUGGCCUCUUAGCAUCUGAUAACAUUCCAGUUGGGCAAACUGUUUAUUUUGGAAUAAUUGCCGAUGGGGUUCACACGCAUCCUGCCGCACUUCGGAUUGCACACAGAACCCAUCCCGAUGGUUUGGUCAUAGUGACCGAUGCUAUUUCAGCAAUGGGUUUGGAAGAGGGGUUUCAUCAUAUUGGACAAUUUGAUAUGGAGGUUAGAAAUCAUAAAGCGUACAUUGCCGGAACGGAGACUUUAUGCGGAAGUAUAGCGUCAAUGGAUGAAUGCAUUAAGAUACUCAAAAAAUCAACGAAUUGCAGUUCCGUGUUCGCUUUGGAAGCGGCAUCACUUCAUCCUGCCAAAUGUUUAGGCAUUUCAGAUAAAAAGGGUACACUUGAUUUCGGAACAGACGCUGACUUUGUAUUUUUGGAUGACAAAUUAAACGUUCUAUCCACAUGGAUAGCCGGAGAAUGUGUAUACAAUCGAUAGUAAACCUCAUUAGAACUGGGAUGUAAAGCAAAUUAGUUUGUAAACUUCCAGAGAAAGCCCAAUCUAUUUUAUAAUAAUAAUGAAGAAAGAUACAUUCAGUUCAUCAAUUAUACAAAAUAUAUAUAUAUUUUAUACUUGAAGCAAA